GCAUUGUUGCAACCAGUGGCAUCUGUGGAGCUUUUAGAGAAUCGAAUUUGCGGAGAUUCGCGUAACGGCCGCUAGGUGAUUAAGGCCUUGGCGUCUGGCGAAUGACCACGCCCCCCAUUCACGACUUCCGACGCGACGUGAAAGAUCAUGCCUGAGGAAGUGAAGUCAAGCUGGGCCGAUGAGGUCGAAGACGAUGGAAAUCCCAGGUUGCCUGAGCCUAAAGAAACCUUCAAGAAUGGAGUGAAAAUCGUCACCGAAUACAAAUACAAUGAAGACAAUAAAAAGGUGAAGAUGGUGCGACAUUACAAGAUUGAGAAGCGCAUCGUUUCAAAAACCAUUGCCGACCGCAAGACUUGGCCAAAAUUCGGAGACAGCGCCAAUGACAAGCCAGGUCCCAACCCAGCAACCACGAUCGUAGCUGAAGAUGUGUACCUGCAGUACAUCACCAACAAGGAGGACAGCGACAAGCCGGACGACACUGGCAUCAAUAAGCUGAAGGGCAUGGACCAGAAUGUGAUGAAAUGCCGAAACUGCAAGGGUGACCACUGGACCACAAAGUGUCCGUACAAGGACUCGCUGGUUCUGGCCAACCAGGUGGCCGAGGAGAAAAAAUCUGCCAUUGGCGGUUUGGAUAAGAAGGACUCGGGCAGCAAGUAUGUGCCUCCGAGUCUGCGAGAAGGCGCUAAGAACACGGACAGCUCCUCCCACCAGAGAAGGGACGACACUCUGGCCAUCAGGAUUUCCAACUUAUCCGAGAAUACGCAAGAGGCCGACUUGGAAGACUUGGUCAAACCCUUUGGACCCUACUCGAAACUUUACCUGGCCAAGGAUAGGAUCACAAACUGCUGCAAAGGAUUUGCAUAUGUCCACUUCAAGUUCAGAGGGGAUGCAGCUAAAGCCAUUGCCAAUCUUGAUGGUUUUGGUUACGACCAUUUGAUCCUCAACGUAGAUUGGUCCAAGCCAUCAACAAACUAAACAGUUCUUUAUAAAAAAUAUUCCACAUUGAAUUAAAAAUUUACAGCAUUGAAA